AUGGGGGCUGUCAAUAGCAAAGCAGGCGAAGAGGGCGCGCUUUAUCUGCGCGACCAGACGCGAUUCUCUGUCGCUUCUGUCAACAUCACAAAUGCCCGCAACCGCACGCUGCUGAACAUUACUCCUAAUGCCUUCCCCGCAACACGGUAUGGCGCACGACGAGAGUUUGGCGACGAGAGUGUCAUAGACUACAUCCAGGACCCCGAAUCAUCAUCACCAAGCGACGGACCACCGUCUUUCCUUAUUCGGUUACCGAACGACGAAGAGCUCACGUUCAACUUUACCUUCAUCAUUCGACAGCAUCUUGCGGUACCCAGCAUAUAUAAUGUAAACAAUGCGUCAACGAUCGCACCCACGGGUUUGGUCGACACGGUCAUCAAUGGCCUGACCUUCGUCUUUGCGUCUAGCUCGAAGGACCUGGAGAACUUGGUGACCAGGGAGUUUCAGGCGAACCCAAAUCUUCACAAGAAUCCGCAGGUCGAAUUGGUCGGCGAUUAUUCGACUGAUGGCAGCACUUCAGUGCAGUUUCAGUGGUCUUGGAAAUGGACCCCUCCCAAGGCUACAGAGUCUCGCGGUGGAGGUUGGCGCACCAGCUGCAGUUUUGUCGAGUAUGACCAGCGAGCGCACAAGCUAGAAACGCUGGCGAACUUCGCGUUCUGGGUGCAAAAUCUGAGUGUCCCGCCUCGCUUGCGCGUGCCUUCCACACAGUCAAUCGACUCACGUGUCAGCGACUCAGCGGACGAGGGUAGAGAGUGGGAUAACAUCCCUCCGAAAUCGCCCACUUUCGAAUCUAUACCCGAGAAUGCGCUGGCACUGGUACCGAGCCAGAAUACGACUCUCACAAGCAACAGCAUGCCGUUGAGGUUAGAUGUGUCGCGACCUGGAGAAGAUCUGAGCCAGACUGAGGAUGGCCCUCUUUUCAGGGCCACCAUGAAGUCCCUGGAGCAAAAGACCGGCAACAUGCGCACAAGAUGGAAGAAGGUCCUGAAGCGGGCCGAGUCCGCAUUGGAGGCGCAAGUCAAUUGCAACAACGCAAUGUCAGACCUCAUCGAUGCACUAAAGGAGGCGUCUGCGUCAAAUGCGAACGCUGUGCAACCCGCGAUCGACAACUACUUCGACAAGAUUGCAAAGGAAAUUCUGGCAUACGAGCGCACCAACACGACCAACAUACAGAAGUCGAUUAUUGACCCAAUACACAAACUGUACAACAUCGACAUCAAACAGGCCGAAACCAAGAGAAAGGAUUUCGAAGAAGAGAGCAAAGACUACUACCAAUAUCUCGGCCGCUACCUUGGACAGAGGACGGAUUCGUUGAAGGAGAAGAAGCGCGCUGAAACCGAUUCCAAGUAUCAGACCAAGAGGCGGAACUUUGAGCUAAAGCGUUUCGACUAUUCCUCGUUUAUGCAAGAUCUGCAUGGUGGCAGGAAGGACCAAGACAUUCUGUCUAAUCUUACUCGAUAUGCAGAUGCGCAGGCGAAGUACUAUUUGGACACGGCAAAGAAGAUCGACACCAUGUUGCCGCAGCUUGAAGCGCUGAGUCUUGAGGUCAAAGAAGCGGACAAGGAGUUUCAGAUACAGAGGACUGAGCGAGAGGAAAAGAGGCGGGCGCUGGAAAAGACUAAGAAGACCUUCGAAGAGCCGCCUGUUCAGCAGAUUGCGUCUGCAGUCGGUGUGAAUGGCACCGCGGCAAAAACAUCCGUCAACUCCGAAGUCGAUCUCCCUGGCCGCAAAGCAAACACAGGGCCGAGUCUUUCACAGCACAACAAGUUCAAGGGAAUAAGAGAUCUCGAAGAGAAGGACCUCACCGCUAUCCCCGAAGGUAUCCACGGUGCCCAUCGUAAGGAAGGUCUGCUGUGGGCGUUGAGUCGACCAGGAAGCCAUGUUGAUCCCAAGGGCUUAAAUAAACAAGCAUGGCAUAAAUUCUGGGUAGUUCUCGACCAAGGCAAGCUCUCUGAGUACACCAACUGGAAGCAGAGCCUUGAGCUACACAUGGAGCCAAUUGACCUUCGCAUGGCCUCGGUGCGUGAAGCGCGGAAUGCAGACCGUCGAUUUUGCUUCGAGGUCAUCACACCACAGUACACUCGCGUGUAUCAGGCUACAAAUGAGGACGACAUGAAAUCGUGGAUCAAUGCAGUCAACAACGCCCUGCAGACUGCGGUAGAAACUGCCGGCAAGAGUCCUUCGUUGUCAAGUCAUCGUAACAACUACAACUCCAAGGCCCCUGCACGACACGCGACCGUCGGCGAUCGCCCCAGCUACGGUAGGGAGCCGAGCAACACUGGAGAAGAAGGCAAGCUACUCAAGCAGGUGCGUGACGCAGAGCCCAGCAACAAGGUUUGCGCAGACUGCGGGUCUGAGAUCAAAGUCGACUGGGUGUCCAUCAAUCUCGGUAUCAUCAUAUGCAUCGAGUGUAGUGGCAUUCAUCGAUCGCUCGGAACACACAUCACCAAAGUGCGCUCGCUCACAUUGGACGUCACGUCUUUCACGCCAGAUAUUGUUGAGAUACUUCUGAAGAUUGGCAACCGUAUCAGCAACCUGAUCUGGGAGGCACGGCUUGACCCCGCGCAAAAGCCUGGACCGAUGUCAACGCGAGAGCAGCGUCUACACUUCAUCACGGCCAAGUACUCGGACCGGGCAUAUGUUUCGCCCAUCUCGCCCACGAUGUCCCACUACAACAAUCCCGAAGACAUGUUGUUAGCUUCUGUGAAGAAGAAUGACAUUGCGAGCGUGUUGUACGCAUUGGCGCUUCGAGCCAGCCCGGAUUCGCGUGAUCGAUCUCGCGGCACACAUGUUGUCUUCUUAGCACUUGCGGCAGCUGAUCCCGCGUCGCCUUCUGCAUCUGCCUCUCCAGCAACCUCUCCAGGCCCCGCAGCUCGACCAGCCACCCCACAGCCUGCUCGCAAGCCGUUUUCAGUGGCUGAACUGCUACUGCAGAACGGAGCUGAACUUCCUGCGCUGCCAGCACCCAUCCCACUCACCACAUCGGCACGUUCCUAUCUCGACUUCAAGACGGAACAGCGUGCAGGCAAGCGACUUGCGCCUGUGGCUCUGCACAACUCUUCUGCAGAGUUACCAAGCGCCCUGCCCAAUAUCAUGGCGGGCAACGGCAGCACACCUUCAGAGAGGGCUCGCGAGCGCGAAGCUCGACUGCAGAAGCGCGUCUCAGCCAGCGGCAGGUUGGUGAAGAGCCCCAGUUCCGAAGCAUCUGAAGGUAAGCGCGGCUUUUAG